GUGGCGUCGGAGUUCAGGUGAGCCGAAACAUUCUUGCUGCUCCGCAGUGUCACCAGCAACACCCGUUCUUUUUACUCUGCCUCUUUCAACCUUUUUUCUUUUCUUUCCGCCAUUUCCGUGAGUGGACUUUCUGCACAGAGAGAACCACAGCAAUGGAUGCCCUACAAGUUGCAAACACUGCAUUUGCGGUUGACGUUUUGAAGAAACUGGCCGAAAAGGACAAAACUGCUAAUAUUAUUUUCGCUCCCCUUUGCACUUCAACCUCACUGGCUCUUGCCUACAAAGCUGCCAAGGGCGACACAGCAACCCAAAUGAAACAGGGCCUACAUUUAGAAGAUGUCAAAGAUGUUCCUUUCGGAUUCCAAACAAUAACAACGGAUGCUGCCAAACUUAGUUCUUUUUAUCCUCUGAAAAUGGUCAAGCGACUCUUUGUAGAAAAAUCCCUUAACCCCACUAUGGAGUUUGUAAGUUCUGUGAAAAGACCCUUCCCAUCGGAAUUGGAACUAGUGGACUUUAAAGAGAAAACAGAAGACACCAGACUGCAAAUCAACAAAUCUGUUUCUGAUCUCACUGAUGGUAAAAUGGAGAAUAUUUUGAUUGAGGGGACUGUCAAUGACCAGACAAAGAUCCUCUUGAUAAAUGCUGCCUAUUUUGUAACCAACUGGAUGAAGAGAUUUCCUGAGGCGCAAACUAAGGAGUGUCCUUUUAGGAUAAACAAGACGGAAACCAAGCCGGUGCAGAUGAUGAACCUGGAAGCUACGUUUUGCCUCGGUUACAUAAACGAUUUAAAAGUCAAGAUUCUGGAGCUGCCCUGUCAUAACAAGCACAUGAGCAUGCUUAUCUUGCUGCCCAAAGACAUUGAGGAUGAUACCACUGGACUCGAACAGCUUGAGAAGGAACUCACCCCCGAGAAGCUAAUACAAUGGACAAAUCCAAGUGUGAUGGCAAACACGAAAGUCAACGUGUUUCUUCCCAAAUUCAAAGUGGAUGGGGAAUAUGAUUUCAAGCCAAUUUUAGAAAGUCUUGGCAUGACCAACAUGUUUGAUGAGAGUGCGUCAGAUUUCUCUGAAAUGUCAGAGACCAAAGGGGUAGUUUUGUCUCAGGUCAUCCACAAAGUCUCUCUGGAAGUCAUUGAAGAAGGGGCAGAGUCUCUAGAUGUACCAGGGUACCGGAUCCUGCAACACAAAGAUGAAUUUAAGGCCGAUCAUCCAUUUUUCUUCUUCUUCCGGCACACCAAAACUCGCAAUAUUGUUUUUGCUGGCAGAUUCUGUUCUCCUUAAAUGGAAAAAAGCAAUUAACCAGAAGCCUGAUUUAUAUAUUUCUAUCACAACAAUUUUUUUGCAAACCUUUGAAAGCUGAGUAUGAAGUAUUGAAAAGGUAAUCUAAGUGGUUUCAUAUUC